AUCUGCUCGCUUCUUUUUACUCUCUUCUUUUCCCCCCCAACCUCCAAUUUCCAUUCUUUUACUAGUCACUCAUAAACCCGACUACAUACCCGGUGAACACAGGACUGUUCCCUUUCGUUCGUUUAUCACGAGUAGUUUCCGAAUUGAUCACAAAGAUACAUCGGUCGCUACUGUAUACGCGCUCUUUCAUACCACAAAGCUCACGACUGUACCUGUUAGAACACAAUAGACAUCAAUUAAAAUCAACCCAAGUUUGAAUUGCGCCAUUCACUCCUCAACAUAUUAGUUGUAAUACCAAUUGGAUUGCAAAGAGUCAACGACACCACCGUGACGCACAAGAAAUUUGCUUCGAGCAGAGUAACUAGGAACCCAAUUUAUCACAAUGCCGAGCUUCAUCGAAAAGAUUCAAGCUAAACUUGAGCUAUUCCGGCUCGAGCAGCGAUACACGCGCAACCGCCAUCGCCGCUCUGCUUUCAUCAGCAAUGCCAUCUACGUCGAUGGCGAGUACAUCUACCAGACACCCAAUACCACGGGAUCAUCUACCAAUAGUUCCUCCACUACCACCUCGUCGCCAGUCGAAGAGCCCAAUAGACGUCAUAGUGCUAUCGUCGAAGGGCCAAGAAUCCGUUAUAACAUGGAACCCCAAACACCGGCGCAGAAGAAGCGAUUAAACCGAUUCUCGUCAAUGCCGGGAUUCGGCUCCUCGUCAAAGAGCAGCUCCCGUGACUGGAGACCUGACGUUGUCGACGUGAACGAAGUACGAUGAACAACCAAUGGGGGGAUGCUCAUCAAGAUGACAACGAUGGAUGAAAUUACAUUAGGCCGGUGUACAUGGGGUCAUGAGCUGACUACCUAGGAAUUGUUUGUGUUUGAAUAUACAAACUCAAUGGGUGGUUUUAACUCGCCAUAGAGCAUCAACGACUUUGACGAUUGCCCUUCGAUUAGUGUUUGGUGUAUAGCCAAGUGCUACGGUAUCAUAAAGAUAUCCUGAUCGUGCGAAGGCUUUUGGAUUCGGCGUUAUGACACGAUUUUUCAGCUGUAUAUAUUUGCUCUCACGACAAGGGAAAAUUGAAUAAUAUUUCAAAGCUCAUGACUAACGUUGGGUUUUUAGUCCCGCGGAAUUAGAAUUACGUACCUUUUAAUCCAUCAUCUCCGUUCUAGCUGCUUAGACGCUACACAUGACGAUUCUAUUGUAGUAGAUCAAAAGUGACGUUGAAGGUUCUUCUAGAAAGGAUCGUCAGGUUACUGCCGCGUUGCAACCCCCCAAGUACAAGUCAAAAUAUGAUUGGACCCGGCUACAAGCGAGUUC